CGGUGACGAGUGGAUCUCCGGGAUCGGAAUAACAGCGCCCAGGAUCCGCAGCCGCGAUUGGCUCGCAGCCGACGGGGCAAGCAGCAGGCAUCCCAGCCGGCGCGCGGCCAGCGGGGCUCCGCUCGAAGCGAUGCUGGUGCCUGCGUCCCCGUACGUGGCCGAUCUACAACUCGGCAGGGCCCCCGGCGCCCUGCCGCCGCACCCCGUCGUGCUCUUCGCGGCCGCGCCCCUCGCGCUGCUCCCGGGCUGCGCGCUGGGCACGCCGCCGCCGCCGGCCGCAGUUUGCACCUCCUCGCGGGGCUCGAAGAACCACUUCCGGGGCCAGUGCCGCCCGUGCCGUUUCCACGAGGCCCCCGAGAAGUGCCCCCGCGGCGAGGACUGCAACUUCUGCCACUUCCCCCACGGCGAGGAGAAGUUCGCCAAGAUGGAUGCCUUCAGCACCAAGGCCAGGAUGCGCAGGCCGCGCAGGGGCGCGGCGCCCGGGACGGGCCCGCCCGGCCAGCGGCUCUCCCUGUGCGACCACCUGGACCUGGCGGGCUCAUGGAGCGGCGGCCAGCGGCCGGCCGCCGCCUCGGGCCUCGCGGCCGGGCCCAGGGCCGACGCCCCGGGCCCCGCCCACGGAGCUGCGUGGCAGGCCUUUGGCGCCGCGGGCACGGAGCGGCCGACGGCGCUGCUCCCGAGCGCGCCGCCCGAGUGUUGCGUCGCGGACCAGGGGCAGCUCGCGGACCAGCCUGGGGCCGAUGCCCUCGGCGCCGCCCGCGGAGCUGCGUGGCAGGCCCUGGGCGCCGCGGACACGGAGCGGCUGACCGCGAUUCUCCUGAGCGAGCCGCCCGAGCACGGCGUUGCGGACAAGGAGCGGUUGAAGGCCAUCCUCGUGAGCGCCCAGCCCGAGCACUACGACGACUGACCGGAGGAAUGGGGGAGGGGG